UACAACGCGCUCACUGUAUCUGAGGCUGCGGAAGGAUGCGGACAAAGGUACAGCAAGGUGGUCGCUAAAAACAGAAAAGCAACAGCAGUGCGUGACUCUUCACCGAAAGGGUUUUCCUGUUCGACAUUUGUCCUGUACCGAAACGGAGUCUUCAGGCAUCAUGCAGACUGCUGUGCUGAGCCUCCAGGGCUUAUAUGAUAAGCUGAGGACGCAAGUUGACCUUCUCAAUGAGAACAUUGAACCCAACUUCAUCCAGAUGGCACAAAACUUUGAUGACUGCCGCCGCAAAUGGCUGAGGGCAGAGCAGGACCUGGGCUCUUGUAAAGAGGUGCUCACCAAAGCAGAGACAGAGAGAGCUGCUUUGGAGGUCAAACUGAAACAUGCCCGCAACCAAGUAGAUGUGGAGAUUCGGCGCAGACAAAAGGCAGAGUCAGACUGUGAGAAGCUGGACCGUCAAAUACAGUUGAUCAGGGACCUCCUGACCAGUGAGGGAUCCUCUAACAGCAUCCAGCUGAGUGCAGAGCAACGUUCAGCUCUUGCCUUCCUAAACACAAACUGCCAGGCAGCAGCAGCCAGCCUGAACACCAGCCGAAGGCUGACAACUAUAGAUGAGUCCGCCUCUAUCCUGUCAGAUAUCAGCUAUGACAAAACGGAUGACUCCCUGGAUUGGGACUCCUCCACUGUGAGGACCCAAGUAAGACUCAAGAAAAGAGAAAAAAGGCGCUCUUCAAGAAAUCAUGUCGAUGGUCCUCCAGUUGCCUCCAAACGUUCUCGAUCAACAGGCAGAACUUCAGAGAGGGGAAAUGAGACCCUCGUGACAAAGACCACCGUGACUGUCCCUGCGAAUGGAGGACCUGUUGAGGCAGUUUCAACCAUUGAGGCUGUUCCUUACUGGACUCGCAGCAGGAGAAAGACUGCUGCCAUGGAGUGGGACUCUGAAUCUGUCAAGUCUCAGGAUGUCUUCAAGCACCCUGGCAACCCUGAGGAAGAGAGAAAAGAGGCACCCAGCACUCCACAGAGCCACGGGGGUGUCCGUCUUCACGAGUUUGUCUCCAAAACGGUCAUUAAGCCUGAAUCGUGCGUGCCUUGUGGAAAGAGGAUCAAGUUUGGGAAGAUUUCGCUGAAGUGUCGUGACUGCAGGGUGGUUUCGCACCCCGAGUGUCGCGAGCGAUGCCCUCUGCCAUGCAUCCCCAACAUGGGCGCCACACCUGUCAAAAUCGGGGAGGGUGUGCUCGCAGACUACGUCCCAGACAUGUCGCCCAUGAUUCCUCCUCUUGUAGUCCACUGUGUCAGUGAGAUCGAGCAGAGGGGUCUGCAUGAGGCUGGACUGUACCGGCUGUCCGGUGCUGAUCGCACAGUGAAGGAGCUGAAGGAGAAGUUUCUCCGCAGCAAAACAGUUCCAGUUCUCAGCAAGGUGGAUGAUAUCCACGCCAUCACUGGCCUCCUCAAGGACUUCCUGAGGAACCUCAAGGAGCCUCUUCUCACCUUCCGCCUCAACCGCACAUUCAUGGAGGCAGCUGAGGUUACUGACGACGACAACAGCAUCGCUCUGAUGUACCAGACCGUCGGUGAUCUGCCCCAGCCCAACAGAGACACACUGUCUUUCUUAGUCCUUCACCUUAAGAGAGUUGCUGACAGUUUGGACACGAAGAUGAAUAUCAGCAACUUGGCUCGAGUGUUUGGCCCAACUAUCGUGGGUCAUGCAGUCCCCAACCCUGACCCUAUGACAAUCCUACAGGAUACCAAGCGACAGCCCAAGGUUGUGGAGCGUCUCCUGGCUCUGCCUGUGGAAUACUGGGGCCAGUUUGUGAGGUCAGAAUGCGAGCCACCGAACUUGGACCACCUGAUCAUUGAGAAUGCAAACUGCUAUGCCACCCCAGAGAGAAUGAGCAUGCUGGGACCUCUGACUACUCCAGAGCACCAGCUCAAUAAAACCCCGUCCUCCAGCUCCUUGUCUCAGCGCAUGAAGUCCACGCUGACACCAAGAUUUGGGAGCAAGAGCAAAUCAGCAGUGGGAUUUUCUCGCCAAGGAAAAUUCUUUGCAUCUCCACUCCUUAAAUAAUCCAAAGCAGCUACACUUAACGCUUUAUUAAUACUGCAAUAAUAACCAAUAGUUUUUUGCAUUCAUGCAUAACACAUAACAUGGUACUGCUUCGGCAAUGGCUAUGAAUGGCUCCAUCUUUAGUCUUCUUGUAAUCGUUUUUAAUGUUUGACAAUAGUAAGAGUUGUUUUUAUGAUUAUUUUACGUGUUUGUAAGUAAUUUUUUUAAGCGACAUUUCAUCCCAAAUUUGAAAAUUCUUUCACCUGUAGUGCUUUUUGUCAAAUCUGGAUUAUUUUGGUGUGAGUGGCAGAGGGCUGGACAUAUCGGCCAUCGAGAUGUCUGCUUUCUCUCGAUUAUAAUGGAACAAUCAACUUGUGCUCAAAAAGCCCCGAAAAAUAUGUUUGAAAAACUACAAAGUAAUGUCUCUUUCUGGAAAUCCUGACCCGGUUACUUAAAAUAAUCCCACAGAAUUUAAUUGGAGUUGCUCCAACCCCAUUUCCCAAAAAAAUUGGGAGGCUGUGUCAAUCGAAACGGAAUGCAUCAUAUACAUGUGUAUUUGGAUUUGGAGGUCUGUUGAUUAUUGAGUAAACGGGUCAUGAGGUCUGGAAAGAGACAUUGUUGUUGAGUUCUUAAAAUGCAUUUUUGGCACCACAAGUGAAGUGCCAUAGAGUGCUAUUAUAUUGGAGAGAAUGCGGACAUCUCUAACACUGCAGCUCAAACCAAAACAAUCCAGAUUGGACAAAUGGCACAACAGAUGAGAGUGGAAGAAAACUGAUUUUGUGGUGACUUGUCCCUUUAACCACAUAGAAGAUUCUCUGAUCUAUGCACACGUGUGUUUUUAGAGCUGAUGCUUUUGCUAAAUGUUUAACAAGACAUUUUGAUUUCACCUCUUAACACAGGAAUGUACUGUAUAUUACUCCUUCUGAAAAACGAGGUGCACACGGGUGAAAAUAUGUACAGUUUUAUUGUGACCUGCGUCUAAAUGUAAUCAUUUCCUUUUGUCAGUUUUUCAACUCAUGUGUCACUCAGAAGUUGAAAAAAACUGAUUCUUAGGCAUUUCAUUCUAGGUUGUAACUAAAUGUGUCAUGGCUAGUAACUUCUUUUACGUUUUUUUCUUAUGUUUGUACUUAUUUCGAAAUUUUGAUUGUCUUCAUUCUCCAGUAAUUUGUGCUGUAAAUGUUUACAUGCCCUUUUAUUUUUUUUUAUACUACAAGUAGAAACAGUAGUUACAGGAGCAGAAGGCAGGACCUUUCCGAUCUGCAGAUUUGUCAUGAUUUCCAGGCUUGGCUGGCUUUGAGAUUAAUGGUAAUUUGUAUUAAUCUUCCCCAGCUUCCAUACCCUUGUGUUUUGGAAGUGCCAGUGAUCACUGGUUUAUGCCAAAGGCUUUAAUCUCUGUCGGAUCAUUUUGCUCC